AUGAAUGAAUAUUCCAGUUUAUUGCAAAGCUCUCGCAAAUGUUUGAUUCUGAUCGCACUCUUUUGCUUUCUUCAUUCAGAUAUUGAGAGGUUUGCUGAGACCCAUCGGAGGACAUUUACUGUAAAUAAGGGGGAAACUGCUGUUAUCGAAUGCCCACUUCCUCGCAGCAAUCCAUCUGCUCUGCCACGCUUCCGGAUACGGGGGAAAUGGCUGGAACAGUCUACAGACGAGUAUUUAAUCCUGCCCUCUGGGAACCUUCAGAUUGUGUCAGUGUUUUCAGAACACCAGGGCAUGUAUAAGUGUGGUGCUUAUAACCCUUUAACCCGAGAGACUCAAGUAGAGGCUCAUGGCACUAAACUCAUGGUCAGAGAUUCAGAAGGCCCUUCACCUAUAAGGAUCGUCUAUCCCGUCACCCCUCGCAAUCUUACAGUGGACCAGUCUGGAUCUCUGACCCUUGAAUGUGUCAUAUCAGGAAGUCGUUCUUCAAAGGUCAAAUGGAUUAAAGAUGGGGCGGAGCUUUCUUUGAAUUCCAAAUGGAUGCUGUUGCAAAGCAACCUGGUGUUGCAUGAUGUUCAGCUGAGUGAUGGAGGACAUUAUUGCUGCUCUGUUCUGACUGACCGUGGAGCUGUGGUCAGUGUAAUCUACACUGUGAAUGUGCUUGCGCAAGUAAGCGUCCUGCAAGGUUUGUCAGAUCAGUCUGUGACUGUAGGCUCCUCUGUAAGAUUUACCUGUACUGCCAGUGGUAGUCCAACCCCCAACAUCACAUGGCUCCUCAACUCCACCCCUCUCGCUUCUUCACCCCGCCUCCAAAUCGCUGGCCCCUCCCUUCACAUCUCUUCAGUAAUGGUUCAAGAUCAGGGAAUAUACCAGUGCCUGUUUGACAAUGGAAUUAGCUCUGCACAAUCGGCAGGAAGACUCAGCGUCCAAUCAGAACCCCAGGCUAGUUCCAUGUCUGGAGCUCUCAUGGAGACGCAGCCUUCUGUCUACCCUAUCCAGAGCGAUGAGAGUGAUGAACUGUUCCCCUCCAUAGGGGAGGAGGGGAUUGGUGAAACUAUAGGAACGCCCACCGAGAGAAUAAGCGACAAAGCUACGCCAGAAGCACCAAUCAUAAUCAGCCCACCACAAACGCACAAACCCAACAUGUAUGAUCUAGAGUGGCGAGCAGGUCGGGACUGGGGCAUCCCUAUCAAUGCAUACUUCGUUAAAUACCGCAAGGUGGAUGACAUGGGUAAUGUAGUGGGGAACUGGCACACGGUGCGAGUGCCAGGCAGUGAGAAGUCUCUGCCCCUGUCUGAGCUGGAGCCGUCCAGCCUAUAUGAGGUUCUGAUGGUGGCCCGUAGCGCUGCAGGACAGGGCCAGCCCGCCAUGCUGACCUUCCGCACUGGAAAGGAGAGAACUUCCUCCAAUAAGAACCCCUCCAAGGCUCCAAUUGUGUCCCUUCCAGAGAAAGCACUGGAAGAUAAAACCACUAACACUUAUUAUGGAGUGGUCAUACAUGACAGAGUUCCCGAGGCCCCAGACCGCCCAACUAUCUCUAUGGCGACAGAAAGUUCUGUCUAUGUUGCUUGGAUCCCACGAGCCAAUGGUGGCUCUCCAAUCACGGCCUUUCGCGUGGAAUACAGGAAGCAGGGCCGAAGUGGAGACUGGAUCAUCGCGGCUGAUAAUAUCUCACCACUUAAACUGUCUGUGGAAGUGCGCAACCUGGAACCAGGUACCACAUAUCGUUUCCGUGUCAUUGCCAUGAAUAACUAUGGUGAAAGCCCUGCUAGCGCCACCUCCAGGCCAUACCAGGUCUCCCUGUCGAGUCCACCCGUGUCAAACCGUCCGAUCACUGGCCCUCACAUCUCUUCCACUGACGCAGUGAGCGAUACUCAGAUCAUGUUACGCUGGACUGUGAGUACACUUAGAGAUGUGGUGGAAGGCUUCAAAUUCUGGCAUUUGAUUGGUCAGCUCCAACCUGAGACAUCCUAUGACAUCAAGAUGCAGUGCUUUAAUGACGGCGGCGAGAGCGAAUAUAGUAACGUCAUGAUCUGCGAGACCAAAGAAUACGACCCUCCAAGUUACCUGUACCAUUCUGCAGAGAUGAACGGCCAUGUUCUGGAAUAUUCCACACUGCCUGGCUCCAGCCAUGUGAAUGGAAGCGUGCACACGGGCUGUGGACACAGCGCUCCCAUGAUGCCCCAGGCCUGCCAUCACCUCCACCACAAACUGCCCAAUGGUCUGGCUUUGCUGAAUGGAUCAGGAGGCCUCUACCCUCUUGGGCAUCCGCAUGCACAUGAUGCAUCUCUGCCCCACAACACCACGGAGUAUGAUCACUCACACCCUCAUCACCUUCAUAAUGUGAUGGAGACAAAGUCCACCCUCGAGCAUCAACGAGGAGUUCAGCCCGUGCAGCAUGAAGACUCGGAGGGUCCUGUGGUGUGUUGGGAACAACUGGGACUGCCUGAUCUGGACUGUAAGGAAAAAACAGCCUGGAUCUCUACUGGAAACCUGAAUGGAGAUCUCAUCCAGCCUACCGUGCAGGAGAUCUGAACACGUUUAAACCAGAAAAUACUUAUCAAACAUGCAUACACACUAAACACAAGAAAGAGAACGAGAGAAAUUGAGAAUAGGAACAUGAACGAAUUAAAAAAAUUGCCAGUGAUGGAUUAGUCAAAGACAUUGAGUGACUUGAAAUGGACACUAAACUGACUUCUUACAGAGCUGGAGAAGACUGACGAGAGAAAGAAGAAUGGAAAUAAACAGAAUGAAAAGAGACUUUUAUGCAAAGAUGAUGGAAGACUCAAAGACUGAAACGAUGGGAGGACUUUUAAAAGUAAAAGCAAAAACUCUUUAGAUGACU